GCUAGGUACAAGUACAUAUGUAAUUAAAGUCAAAAUCUUGAGAUAUGACCACUUCCUUCCAUGUGUAGAUCGGCCUCAUCUACCAAGAUUCACGACAAGUCCCUAGGUAUAUCUAGGUAAUUAACAUUUUUCUUGGCUCUAUUGAAAUCCGCCGGAUCCCUCCUUCUUUCGUAGACAUCAAAUGGAACAUAAAUUCUCCCCUUUCCUCUGAUCAGAUCCUAAGUUUUGCCUCCCAUCAUCAUCAUCAUCAUCAUUCUCCUCAACGCUCUCCAGUCAAAGCGAACAACAGUAAACGACCUAAUAAAACUGUUCUCUCUCCUCAUACCCUACCUAUACAUUCCAUUCUAGAUACCAUAAAUAUCACCCAAAAGCAAUUCAUCAUGAAGUGGCCCGUCAACCUACUUCCCCUCGGUCUCCUUGCCGCUUUCGCCUCCGCAGCCCCUAUUGUGGAGCGACAACUCGACCUCUACCAACUCCAAAUAUCUUGCCCGGCAAACAAGAAUGUCGACGGUCGAUUCCUUGCAAUGAAGAACAACACCUUAGGUGUCUUCGGUGGAGACGACGUCUCUCCCGUCAAAGUUUACAAGGUCGAGGGCGAGAAAGAAGGCCUCAAUGAGUUACACACAUACCCUGUUGGUAUCGUCGACCACUCUGUCGGACUCAUGGGUCCUCCGGGCCUGUUAACUCUUGUUGACAUGACCAACCCUCACACCAUCAAACCAGGAGAGGGCCAGGUCGCGCAAUGGGACACUUUCCGCUUUGGUGACGGAAAGCUUACCAACGACGGAGAAGGUCAAUGGCUCGCCUUCCCUGGCGUCGGCGACACCUGGAACGUGAAGUGGUCUGACGGUUCGGCUGUUAUCACCGCCGACUUCAUGGUCGUUGAUGUCGUGUACACCGACGCAGGCGAGGGUCGCUACAAUGGAGACUAAAUUAUGGUCAAAGGCGUUAGGGGAGGUUGAAAAAGUAUAAUUAUUAAUUAAGGUCGACGAAUCGAAGAGGAUGUGACUUAUUAAUAGUCCACUGUCACUACUUCGUAACUUACCUAUGUACCUCGUCUUGCUUGGCAAGAUACUUAAAUAAAAGUUGAUGCUUUUUAUUCCAAAUUUCCAAUAUUCUCUCACUUUAAUGCGCGUAUGCCAAUGAUAGAUUUAUCUCUUGCUAACUAUUGUGUAAAGAAUGUUGAAUACCUAGGUAGGUACUGAAUAAGUAGAAAGAAAUGAGUUCAGUAAUACAGCAUAUCGGUCGGUCUUGGCGCUGAUGACAACGAUCCUUGGAAAUUGCCUAUGUGGCUUGGUGGAUUAUCAAUAUUCUUAUGUGUAAGUAAGUAGCUAAGGUAAGCAUCCUACUUCGUGUUGAAGAAUAUUGUAAUUCGUAUCGGCUGAAUUUCCUUUAUAGUAUUUCUAACUCCAAUAUGAGGCUCUACGAUGCUCCAGG